AUGAAUAAAUCGAGUGGUACAGUCGAUCUUCAUAUAAAUGAAGAGUUAAUUGGACUACAUGGAAGUCGUGACAAAUUCCUGCUUAAUACUAUUCUAAUAUUCGUUCUUCGAAAGGGGUAUACAGCAGUAACAAAAGAAGUCAUUCAGCUUUACAGUCAUUUGUCCUAUGAACCACCUCCUUUUUGUGUGUGGUGUUGUGCAGCGAUGUUAUUUCCCAAAACUCCAGAUGGGAAUUUUGUUGAGAAUACUUUCAACAAUUUAAGUUUACCCAGUGAUUGGCAAAAUCAGUUAGAAAUUUUGAUUACAGUAGGGGAUGAUCUAUUUUUAAGAUUGGAUGAUUCGUCUCGAUAUAAACCACAUCUUCACAAGUACUUGAAUGAAGCCAGACGUGUUAUUAUGCAUUUAUACUUGGAAUCGUUUUCAUCAACAAGUGACUAUACACCGUGUUUUACCAAAUUGAAUCAGUAUUUUCCUGCAUCAGAUCCAACUGAUAAAAUACAAGAUUUUCGAUUACGGUUUUUGAAACUGUUAGCAUCUGGUCGUAAAAUUAAUCGUUAUUUAAAUGAAAAAUGGUUUACUGCUAAAUCGGAUAUUCUUAAAGAAUUACAAUAUUUGGCAUUUGAUAUUGUUGAACAAUUGCCUGAAGUACUACUGGACAAAGUUGGAUCAAAUGAAUGGGUGUAUAAUGAUGCGAUAUUAUUACGAUUUAACACACUUCUGGCUUUAAUUAUACGUCAACAGUUGUUUGGUAAAUCUACAUGCACAGAAGAAGAUAUAUUUGAAAUCAUGCAUACUUACAACUCUCAAUCAUGUCCAUCUCAGUUAAUUUAG